UUCACCGUCGAGUCUCAAUCAUCGAAUAAAAGCGCGGGACUUCCUCUCUAGCGUGGAGUUGAUCUGCCCACCUCUGAAAACGACGGCUUCCUUGGAGGCUUCUGCCAGUCGUCUUCUCGGAUGUUUCGUUCCACGCGGUAGCCAGAGUCCCAUGGCGGCUCACAAGAUGGCCUUUCCAUCUUGGAGACUGGACGAGUACUCCAUUGCCAAAGAGAUUGCAGUUUUCCGAUGAGUUUGUUCACUGGUUGCUCUGACAACCACUACAAGACCGGCAAUCACUUGGUACAGGAUAGGAAGAAGAGGUGACCAGAAGAAACGCAAAAGAGUCAAUAUAUAAGUUUGCACCGAACGGUCAGCAAGAUGGCCGAUCCCCUGGCCAGUGUGGAGAAGAUUGUCAAAGUCGCGCUUGCCAUCAAGGAUGCAGUCAAGACCGUCCGGAAGAAUAAGGAGCGGUGCCGUGAGAUCAGAAAGCGCGUCCUAAGGGUCAGCGCCCUCCUGAAGCGGCUUCAGGAGACAGAGAUGAUACAGGACCCGGCGAUGUGCGAUGCACUGGAGGCGCUCGAGGAGACGCUCACCCGCACCCACGGCCUCAUCGUCGCCUGCCAGAAGAAGAAUAUCAUGUGCCGUUUCUGCAUGGCUGGGGACCUGGCCAAGCAGCUGCGCGAAGUAAAGCAGGACAUCUCAGAUCAAAUGGUGGACGGGAUCUUCGCUGCCAAUGUCAAUGCCACAAUUAUUUUGACAAGUAUUCAAUAUGUGGCUUGCUCUCUGCCCCCAACGAAUGCAGAGGCGGUGGAGAACUCACAUUGCAGUCAUUCAACUUAUGAUGACAGAUGUGGAUUGAUGAAUCACAGUAAAAACAACGUACCUGUCAGAAGCGUGUUGCAGUCUGCUCCCUUCCCAUGCUUGACAAAGUUCAGUUUGUCAGAGUUGGAGACUGCUACAAAUGGAUUUUCAGAUCAAAACCUCAUUGGGCGAGGUAGUUUUGUUAGUGUCUAUAAGGGUGUGCUAAAAGACGGUUUAGUGGUCGCCAUCAAGAGAUCCCGAAGCUCAAUUAUAUUUUCACGGGAUCACCUGUAUGAUGAACUUAAUCUUGUUUCAAAGCUUCAGCACAAAAAUAUAGUUAAACUUCUAGGAUAUGGGUAUCCAGUCAUACAAAUGGUGGCGUGGGCAGCAGACGAAAAAGAUCAAGCUGAAGGGAGGCUAUAUUUUUCAGUCGAAGAGUACAUGCCGAAUGGAAACUUGGAGGAAAAUUUGGAAGGGUUCGGACUUGAUUGGUUUAACCGCUUCCGCAUAAUCCAGGGGAUAGCACAUGGCCUAAAUUAUCUUCAUGUGCAACACAUUGUCCAUUCAGACUUGAAACCAAGCAACAUCCUCUUGGAUUCUCAUAUAAAUCCAAAGAUUAGUGAUUUCGGAAUAGCUAGAAUGUUGGAUCAUGGUGAUAUGACCACUCGUGAUGUUAACGGCUUAGCUGGCACGAUGGGAUAUAUGCCUCCAGAAUAUAUUAUGGAAGGUAUUUUGUCAACAAAGUAUGACGUGUACAGUUUUGGCGUCAUCCUUCUAGAGAUCAUUAGCAGUUUGUGCAGCUUUGAACCAACUCGUCGCCAAGCUUCAGUUGAAUGGGCUUGGGAGGUGCGGCGAGUUGGAUCGAUAAAGGACAUAGACUUUCUGCCCUUGUGUGACACGUCUGAGCACGAGCAGAUGAAAAGAUGCAUGGAGGUCGGACUCUUGUGCACCCAACUUAAUCCGGCGGACCGCCCCAGCAUGGCGGAUGUUCUUGAGAUGCUAAAUGGGAAGAAAGAGGUGCCGGCCCCAAGGAAGCCGCGGUACACCAGAAGAAGGGCCCUCCAAGGUGUGAGGAAUUUCGCGCUAAGCGUGCCAAAAGAUGUGAAGUUGUAAAGUCGGAGGAGGGUAUAGGGAACAUGUGUAGUUUUACCGCUGUGAGUCAUCUCCCGACCAGUUCGUUUUCUGACCUGUCUUGUGCUUGUGAACGUUCAGUUUGUGUUAUGCACUGUGCUUGUAAAGUUGUAAGCACUAUCAUUGUUCUCAGAGACCCCCUUUUGUAUUGUGGCUUCACGAACAUGAAGUUUUGAGAAUGGAUAGCUUGUCCUUUACGAA